UAAUGAGACUGCAAUAUCAUACAAAGCACAUUGCAGAAAAGCCCUAAAAGAAAACAAAGACAGGUCAGCAAACGAAAACAGAGAUGCUGAAAUAGGACAUACGUGUCCAAACCACAUCCAUAACUACCUUACCUUACAAACACAAUCUACCAAUUGAGACUCCGUGGUUUCUUAAAUUUUGGUUCUAAAAUUUUGGUUCUACUGACUCAUCAUACCAGUCGUCGGUCUUUCUAAGGCAACGUGAGAGGUCAGAAUUUUCCCUGUGUCUUGGCCGGAAACUUUAAGCAACUAAUAUACAUAUAUAAAGAGGAAAAGCUACAAAGGAGACAAAGUUAAGGUGUAAAUUUAUUUUAUUUUUAUUUUAAGAUCGAGUCUUUAAUUUCCCCCAAAUUUGUUUUUGAUUUUGGUCAAAGUGUCCAGAUUAGUUUGACCGAAUCCGAGACGCACCCAGCACCCGCACCAGCGUCAGUGUCGCAUCGAGACGGGUUUGGCGGCAAAAUCGAAGAGUCCAAGCAACAUAGACUCGAGGAAUAUACUCAAGAAACAUGAGUCCUUACUAUUGAUGAUACUGAAGUACAUAAUGUUUGCAAUAUCAACACAGACGCCACGUAUCAAACCCAUAGCAUCAUCAUCAGCUAGCCACUCAUCACAAUGGUUGUCUGGGGCCUCCACUUCCUUUCAAAAGAACUGUGUUUCACAAGGCAGUCCAUUUUCGUCAAGGCAAAGUUCUUUUCUAAGAGGUCAAUUUCAUGUUAGAUGCCUCCUUGGGCUCAAUCGAACUGGACAAAGAAGAAAAAAUGCAGGUGCUGUGGUAUCACCAAGUUGUGUCCUUCCACUUACCGAAGAAAAUGUUGAGAAGGUUCUAGGGCAAGUCAGGCCAGGCCUAAUGGCUGAUGGAGGGAAUGUGGUGCUACAUGAGAUUGAUGGCCUAAUUGUAAUUCUUAAGCUUCAAGGAGCAUGUGGAUCUUGCCCAAGUUCAACAAUGACACUUAAAAUGGGAAUUGAAACUCGCCUUCGGGACAAAAUCCCUGAAAUAAUAGCAGUAGAGCAGAUUCAUGACUCUGAAACUGGUCUUGAGUUAAAUGAGGAAAAUAUUGAAAAGCUUCUUGGAGAGAUUAGACCAUACUUGGUAGGCGCAGGUGGUGGAGAACUGGAGCUUGUACAAAUUAACGACUACAUUGUUAAGGUUCGGCUAAGUGGACCGGCAGCUUCUGUGAAGACAGUUCGUGUAGCUCUUGUUCAAAAAUUAAGAGAUGCAAUACCUGCUAUUGUUGCUGUUCAGUUGACAGAUUGAAGAUAAUGCUCAGCCAUACAACGAACAUUUUCCUGCAAGAAUUUCAGGAUUGACUUAAGAUUCCUACAGUCAGUGUAGUUACUUGUCCUCUCUUAACAGUUUACAGUAUCAUUUUUGGUAUACAUGUAGCAUUCUUUAUCCCUUGAUUUCACUUGGAAAUUUUUCCAAAUUGUAUGUCAAAUGAAUUUAAAGACACUUCAGGAUUUUCAAGAACUGGAUGAAGGUCUAGUUCAUUUUACCGACUC